AAUUGAAUGGGCUGAAGUUGCUGCAGAAGCGGGCGCUGGCUAUGAUGACGCUAAUGCAUUGGCUUUGCCCUCACAAAAGCGUGCAACCAAAGUGCAAUUGGAUAAACAGCAACAUGUGAAAAUUCUAACGAAGAAGCAACGCAAACACUUGCAACAAAUUGUGGACAAAAAGAAGAAGAAGGAAGGCCGCGCCGAACUGCUACAAGCGUUAGCUAGCGUGCAAGUGCCUGAGCAAGAGCUGAAGCAGUAUACAUCCAUCAGUCAAGUGCAGACGGUGGGUGUGAAAAAGUUACAGACGCUUGAAGAGGUGUUGGCAAAGAAACAGCAGCGACAAACGGAGCAAAGUAGCAGCAAAGCAGUGGGAAAAAUAAGCGCAAUCAAAGGCGCUGCGAAACGAAAACUGCUUAUAGAGGAUGAGGAGGCUCUUGCAGCAAAAAGACGUGAUCCUAAUGUGGUCAGUCUUGAAGCCGAUGAGGAUAGCGAGAGUGAUAGCGAUAGUGAAAGUGAGAGUGACAGUGAAAUGACGGAGAAACCAAAUAAUGAAAUUAUUAAAGAAAAGAUUGAUGAUAGUAAAAUAAAAACAGAGGAGCCAGAAGACAUGCCUUCUACAUCCACAAAAACUACAGAUAAGGAGAGAGCUAAUGACAGUAUGGCAGCAAAACCUAAAAAACCUGAGGUACCAAUGCGUACCACAGUCUACGUGCCCGUACAUCGUGAUGCAGAAGUGCAGGCAGCGCGCCUUAAGCUCCCCAUCCUUGGUGAAGAACAAGAAAUAAUGGAAACGAUUAACGAGAAUCAAAUCAUAAUAGUGGCUGGUGAAACGGGUUCUGGUAAAACUACACAAAUACCACAAUUUCUUUACGAGGCCGGCUAUGCGCAAAACAACAAAAUAAUUGGUAUUACUGAACCGCGUCGCGUGGCUGCCAUAGCCAUGUCUAAACGUGUAGCGCAUGAAAUGAACCUCAACGAACAAGAGGUGUCCUAUCUGAUACGUUUCGAGGGAAACGUAACACCACAGACACGCAUUAAGUUCAUGACGGACGGUGUGCUCCUGAAAGAGGUCGAAAGCGACUUUCUGUUGCGCCGCUAUUCGGUCAUCAUAUUGGAUGAGGCGCAUGAACGCAGUGCCUACACUGACAUACUAGUGGGGCUGCUAUCGCGCAUUGUACCGCUACGGCAGAAACGCGGCGAUCCACUAAAAUUGAUCAUCAUGUCCGCCACGUUGCGUGUGGACGACUUCAUAGGCAGUCCGAAGCUUUUUAAAUAUCCGCCUCCGGUACUAAAGGUGGAGGCGCGUCAGUUUCCUGUCACAGUGCAUUUUCAGCGACGUACGCCCACAGAUUAUCUGCAGGAAGCUUUCAAAAAGACAGCAAAGAUACAUUCGCAACUGCCUGAUGGUGGCAUUUUGGUGUUUCUAACGGGUCAGCAGGAGGUGAACACGCUAGUGCGUAAGCUGCGUCGCACUUUUCCAUAUAUCAAAAAGGAUGAUGGAAAGAAAGGAGUGGAAAAGGAUGGAAAAAAUGGCGAACGCUCGAAAAAAUCGGUCGAAAAAGACGACGAUAAAGCAGAAAAUAGUGCAGAUAACUCCGGUAAACCCAAAGAAGAAACAGGGAAGAUGGACGAAGCUGUGGAAGACAACACUGAGUUGCUUAGUGCGCGCGACGAUGACGAUUCUGACAUUGAAUUCGAUAUGAAACGCGCCAUACGCAGCGUGAAGAAGUCGAAGAAGAAGUUCAUGUCACAAAUUGCGUUGCCGAAGAUAAACCUUGACGACUACAAACUGCCCGGCGAUGACACAGAAGCCGAUUUACACGAAGCUCAAAAUAGCGAUUCCGAAGCCGAAAUUGGUUCGGACAAUACCGAUGAGGACGAUGCGGAUGGCGAUGAAAAUACCGAUGCGCAUAUAGCCGCUACCAAACAACCGCUAUGGGUAUUGCCGCUCUACUCGCUGCUCUCGCCUGAGAAACAGAGUCGUAUUUUCCAACCGCCACCGGAAGGCUGUCGUCUUUGUAUAGUCAGCACAAAUGUGGCUGAAACGUCGCUAACAAUACCCAAUAUUAAGUAUGUCGUGGAUAGCGGGCGUCAAAAGACACGACUUUACGAUAAAAUCACUGGCGUCAGCGCCUUCGUCGUCACGUACACUUCCAAAGCCUCAGCGGAUCAGCGUGCUGGUCGCGCCGGUCGUGUAAGCGCUGGCCACUGCUAUCGGCUGUAUUCGAGCGCGGUUUACAAUCACGAUUUUAUGGACUUUAGCCAGCCAGAUAUACAAAAGCGGCCGGUGGACGACCUCAUGUUGCAGAUGCGUUGCAUGGGCAUCGAUCGCGUAGUGAAUUUCCCCUUCCCCUCACCACCGGAUACAGUGCAGCUGGAGGCGGCCGAACAACGCUUGGUUGUACUAGGCGCGCUGGAACGCAUGGAGCCGCUUAAAGAGGGAAAGGAACUGCCACCGGCUGUCACCAAACUUGGUCAAGUCAUUUCACGUUUCCCUGUUGCGCCGCGCUUCGGCAAGAUGUUGGCGCUUUCGCAUCAGCAACAACUGCUGCCAUACACUGUCUGCUUGGUGGCAGCACUAUCGGUCCAAGAGCUCUUGAUGGAGGUGGGCGUAAGUGAACAUGCGGAAGACGGUGACGACGGCAACACAUUUGCGCGCAAUAAGUGGCAGAAGAAGCGCAUCAGUUGGGCUGCCACAGGCAAUUACCAGUUGCUGGGCGAUCCAAUGGUGCUCCUGCGCGCUGUGGGCGCGGCAGAGUACGCAGGUUCACAAGGCAAAUUAUCACAGUUCUGCGCCGAGAAUGGGCUGCGACCGAAAGCGCUGACAGAGGUACGCAAACUGCGUGUCCAACUCACAAACGAAAUAAAUUUAAAUGUGACCGGCGUCGACUUGUGUGUUGAUCCAUCCAUGGCGCCGCCUACUGACGCGCAAGCGCGCUUCCUACGACAAAUUCUACUGGCCGGCAUGGCUGAUCGUGUGGCGCGCAAAGUGCCACUAACGGACGUGAGCGAUAAGGAGGAGAGGCGUCGUCUCAAGUUCGCGUACAAUUGCGCCGAUAUGGUGGAACCGGUUUUCAUGCACUCUUCGUCAGUGCUGCGCACAAAGCUGCCCGAAUGGGUGGUCUACCAGGAGGCGUAUGAGACGCAGCAUGGUGACGGCACGAAAAUGUAUAUGCGCGGCAUCACCGCCAUCGAGCCGGAAUGGCUGCUGCUCUACGCGCCAUUACUCUGCAAUAUACGUGACAUCAAAGAGGAGCCAAUGCCGCGUUACAAAGAUACGGACGGCAAGGUGUAUUGCUUCGUAGACGCGACAUUCGGGAAGGCGGGUUGGGAGCUGCCGCUUAUCGAAGUGGAGAUGCCGGCGGGCGAGAAGGCAUACAGUUACUUUGGCGUUUUUCUGCUAGACGGUCAGGUUUGUCCCGCUUUGGCCGCCUAUAAAGCGAAGCUGAAGGCCACGCCGCCCUCGCUGGUGAAGAGUUGGUCGAAUCUAAAUGAGAGCGUGGUGCGUUUCAAGCGCGCGCUCAACAACAAGCAAAUAAAUACGCGCGAGAAGCUGCUCGCGGAGUGGGCGCGCAAUCCUAACUUUUUACUCGAGGAGUACCAGAACAUGCUUUAUGAUGUCUCCAUCGCGGAAUUGUCGUCCAAGUGGCCGCCAUUGGAGAGUUGAGCCAGCUGAAAGGAUAGGCAAUUGACCGCUUAUCGUUAGUUAUAUGGAAUAUUUUUAACAUUGCUUAUUCUGUAAAAUGCCUUCUCAGUUAAAUAUAUAACGGAAAUAUAAAGUAAAACUGUUUUUCAAA